GUCGGGCCGGCGGCCGGGCUGCGGCGGCGCCAUGGAGCUGGUAGCGGAGCUAAAGGGGCGCGACGGGCAAACGCGAACGGUGCGGGUACCGUGCCCGGUGGUGGAGGGCGAGGGGGGCCAGCUGCGCAGUGUGCGGCAGGGCCUGGUGGAGCUGCAGCAGCGAGUAGUGGAGCUGCUGGCGCCGCUUGUGCAGGAGGAGAGAGAGGCGGCGGCGGCUGACGGCGGGAAGCGCGGCGUUGUCGAAGAUGAAGAUGACGACGACAACAACGAGGAUGAGAGCGAAGACGAAAACAAUAUCGAGCCGAAUGCGAGCACAGAUGACCCUCCUCCAAAGAGGACUAAGGUUCAGCAGCCUUGAGGGAGGCGUGAGCGAUGGAGUUUGGGCUUAGAAAGGGGCAUUCCAGCUGUACCAGCUGUAAGUGUGCCCCGGGCGCGGGGCCCUGGGCGAGGGUAGGCCGCUCUAGCCAGUCAGGCGUCUGCUUCUCUGCUCGUCUUGUGAAAGUGAAAAGUCGAUCCCGACACUCCUUUCACGUGGAAGCCUUAACGAAAGGAUGCACGUUGGCCUUAGCAGCGUGUUGUUUGCAGGGUGCCAGUGUUACGCUGGGAAGAAUUCCUAGUGGGCUGGUUGACAAACACAAAAUUGGUCGUAAAAGUCUUCUGACUGCUUCCUUUUUUAUGUCUUCCCAAGUCGCAGUGUUUUGUUGUGUGUCUUAAACCAAACUUUUAAAAUAAGGUAAUAAAAUAUGGAUUACUUUGUCAAAUAUGAUCUUAAAAUGGUACAAUUUCUAUUUUUAUGGAGAAAAAGCAAUAUAAGACCACUAUGGUAUUCUAAAUUGAAAAGCAGCUGUAGGACUGUCCUAGUCCUGAACAGUCCUGCAAGACUCCUGUCCAACAAAAGACUGGCUUUGCCUAUCUUCCAGAGGUUUAUUUUAGUCACUCAUCAAUCAGGUAUUUUCCUGGGAAGGGUCAGAGACAAAGUAGGUGGAAAGAGCUGGGAAUCUUGCUUUCAGAAAUGCCUCAUUUUAUAACAGCCAAGAAAGUAACAGGUCAGUGUUACUUUGUUACCUGCAAUAUCCCAGAAUUCCACUAAACCUGUGGGUUUUUUCCCCCCUCUUUUUUUUUUCCUUCAUGCAUCAGUCAAUCUUGAUACAAGUUCUUCCAUCACUUGAGUUUUAUGCCGGUUGAUUUUUAGGCUCAUUUGGUAGCUAUGCCAAAUGGUGUGAAUACCACAGUUGAAUAUUCUGUCUAUGCAGAACUCUCAACGUCACACAAAAAAUAAGAAGAGAGCAGAAAGAUGAUUUUUGGUUGGAUUUUUUUUUUAAUGUCAUUGGAAAAUAAGACUUUGGGCAUAACUUAGCAAAAGUGUAGCAGAGUUCUAUAUUGGCUGCUGCAGUUUGAUUUAGGUGGGGGAAGAAUGCAAAAAUAAGUAACACCUAUGAAUACAUGAUGUACUGUAUAAAUCAACAUAACCCAAUCCUGCUGAGGUAACAUUCUUUUCGUGAUAAUUCAGCAUGUGCAAUGUCAUUAAGGUAGCAUGCUUUUGCAAGGGAAAAAAAUGUCAGGGCUUUCUGCGUGCUACCUUAAUUCCCCUAACAUAUCCUUCAUAGGCAGUCCUCAGCCUACUGUGAGCCCAAGAGUCUUUAGCAGAAGAUUGGCUGAUUUAGUAGUGUAAAAAGCAUUUCUUUUUCACAUUUUCAUGUAUUUGGCUGGCAUAGUUGGAUGUAUUUUGGAAACAGCAAAUCUUGAGACUUGUGUGUGGAGGACAAAGUAUUGGAAUAAAUGAUGCAUUUUUAUGAGCACAAAA